AGUGACCGCAUCAGAAGUACAAUGUGCCCGGUCUUAUGCAACGCUGCAUAACACAUAAUCUUUGACUGACCGCACCGGUACCUACAGAUCAUUCGAUUCGGACUGACGUCGAGGAAGCACGUGUUCUUUAACUGCCCAGAGAUACCGGUGCACACCGAACAGAACGAAUUAUUCUGUCGAUUUAACAGAAAUUGUACGUUCACGUCACGCAUCUACGGGAAAACGAAACCCAAAAACAGUCGCAUUGCGCCGAUGGUACGGUCUGGAACAACAGCGUUUGCCCAAGUCGAUCAAACCUAACCUGUAAUCGGUCGUUUUACGUUCGUUGAAAUUAAUCGCUGCAUAAAUUAAAUUAAAUGGUUAAUAGUGGAAUGGGAGAAAGGGAUUGGCGUCCUUUUGUAUAUGGAGGUCUUGCGAGUUGUGCAGCAGAGUUUGGAACGUUCCCAAUAGACGUGACAAAAACUCGUUUGCAAGUCCAGGGGCAAAUCCUAGACAAGCAACAUGCUACCCUCAAGUACACUGGAAUGAUUGAUUGCUUUCUCAAGAUUGCUAAACAGGAAGGGUUUGCGUCACUUUAUUCGGGUAUCUGGCCGGCUGUGUUGCGUCAGGCAACAUAUGGCACCAUCAAGUUCGGCACGUACUAUUCGCUGAAGAGCAUCAUCGCCGAGCAUAACCGCGGCAAGGAAAGCGUGACGGUGAAUAUCGUGUGUGCGGUCGUGGCCGGUGCGGUGUCCAGCGCGAUCGCCAACCCCACGGAUGUCCUGAAGGUGCGCAUGCAGGUGCAGGGAGCCAGCGCCAACGUCGGGCUUGUUGACUGUUUCAAGGACGUCUACACUCACGAAGGAAUCUCCGGAUUGUGGCGGGGUGUGAAUCCAACUGCUCAAAGGGCAGCAGUAAUAGCCGCAGUCGAAUUGCCGAUCUAUGAUUUUUGCAAGAGCCAUUUCAUGAAUGCUCUCGGUGACAACACUUCGAAUCACUUCUUGUCUAGUCUUUGUGCAAGCUUAGGUAGUGCGGUUGCCUCAACACCAAUCGACGUCGUCAGGACUCGUCUGAUGAAUCAACGUAAACUGAAGAAAUGUGGUGGAUUGAAUAGUCAAAUACACAUUUACACUGGCACCGCCGAUUGUUUUGUACAAACCUUUAGGAACGAAGGCUUCUGGGCGUUCUAUAGAGGCUUUAUACCGACAUGGUUCCGCAUGGGACCAUGGAAUAUUAUUUUCUUUAUUACCUAUGAGCAACUGAAGAAGCUCUAUUAAUUUAAUGGCUGUUGAAGACUACACAGUAUUCUAAAUAAAUUCAAUUGACUUAAAACAAUCACUAUUGCACACUAUUAGUUAAAUUAAGCACCAAACCAAUUUUAGACUUAUUUAUUUAUUUUUAACUUUAUACAAACUUGUAUAUAAAUAUGUGUAAUAAAACUAGUAUUUCAAAUAAAUGUUUUAAAAUUGUA